UUCCAAAUAUUUGGAACCACCUUUCUUAUCCUCCAUGUUGCGUGUUCCAGUGCAUAUUUUCACCUGGACGUCAUCAGUCUACACGUGAACCAACCGUGACGAAAACAUCUGAAGUAGUGUUAAAUUGGCCUGUUUACGCCACCCAGUCAUCCAAAGAUGUUUUUCCUAGGUUCUGUUUGCCCUGUUACUAUGACAGGUGCAGUUUAAUAGGCAUUUGUAGCGUCAUUGUGGUAUUUUUUAGGGCAGCACAUGACGCAAGUCUUCGUUUGUCACUGAGUACGCACGUCUUUGUUCAGGACACACCAUAAGCCGUGGGUUUCCUGAGCAUCAAGGUCUGAAAGAGAGAAAGACAGUAGUUGACCAUGGACUGGGCCCACAUCCUCCUCCUGUGUGGGACUGUAGGGUUCCUGGUGUCAUCAUCUGCAGCAGUGCCUACUACGAAACACUCUGGCCUCUCCCUCCCACCGCCUGCCGCCAGUCACAGCAAGCCAUCCGGCAAUAAGUCCAACUGGCAGAACAUCCAGGACGUGUACUUUGAAUUAACCAACAUCCGGAACCAGCUGUCUGAGGCCCAGGAACAGCUUCGGGAGGCAUACGACAACAACGACUACGAUGCUGCCCGGGAGCUGGCAGAGCAGAUCCGCGGGCUUCAGCAGCAGCUACAGGAGGCCUACAACCACCUCAAUGCUCUCACAGGCUGAACGGACAGGCAGCAAAAGGGAUCCACAACGACUAUUGUAAACUGAAGAUUUUCCUCCCCCAAUAUUUAGGUAUGAUGUCAAAAAUGUUAGACACUAACUAGUAUAUGAUCCAAAGUAUAUGGUCCAAAGAUUGCUCAAUAAAAGCUUUGAGGGAUACAAAUAUGUACAAGACAUUGUAAAAUUCCAUUUAUUUGACUACAAUGUAGAUGCAGUAGCAAGAAAUAAAAUAUGCAGCAAGCAACUAUUAAAUGUCUUCAUGUCGUUUUUCAAACAUGUGGUCAAAACAUACCUACAUGUCAGUCAACAACCAUGUAGGAUAAAAGAAUGAGUAAUGGAACAGUACCACAAUACAUAAUGAAAGAAAAUGUAGCCUAGGGGAUC